CUUUUUUUUUUUUUUUUUGGCUGAAUAGUAAAGAGCAGGGGGAAAAAAAACUAUGAACAGGCCUAUAGUUAUUACUCUUUAAAAAUGGUUGAAGGAGAUCCCUUUUUAUGAUUUAAAUGAAUUACUGUAAUAAAUGUAACAUGCUGUAAUCCGUAUUUACCCUAAGGGAUUUAUAACUACAUAAGUAAACAUAAUUAUAAUAGGCUACUUUUAUUUUGAUAGCAUGGAGCCAGGCUUCUUUCUGUAUGGCUUCCACCUCGAAAGCGAGAAACUGAUUUCCCUUUGUUUACAGGAUAAUAUCGCUGUCGAGUCGUGUGAUUUUCGCCCAAAACCUGAAAAUGCAUCACAUAGCGCCAUUCUACAUCACUGUCCGUUCAUCUGUGGUGAAUUACAUUAUCUAACCACACGGACAAUCUGAUGCGACUCUCAUGCUCUGAAUAAUGUAACGAGCUUGGAGAGAUCCCUGAAAGCUUCAGCCUGGGUUGUGUGAUGUUCUGGGCGGAACCGCUGCUGAAAGCGCGAGUCUGCAUGUUUGCAUUCGUUGCUCUGGAUGUUGCAUAUUGACGAACAGGGUGAACGCAAGAAAUGAGGAAAUCUGUGUGAUGGACAUUUGGUCAGCUCUGGGUUUUGAAUCAUCCAACAUGUCCCACUCGUCCAAGCCUCGAUCUCACCCUUGCGGCCUGUGUGACAAAUCUUUUACCCAGAUAUCCAUGCUCACCAAACACCAGAGAAUGCAUAAACGCAGCCACGCCGGGGAGAAGCCUCACACCUGCCGGAUUUGCUCCAAGACCUUCAUCUCUUCGGCCCAUCUGGCACUGCACAUGCGAUCGCACACUGGAGAGAGGAAGUACAAAUGCAGCGUAUGCUCCAAAAUGUUCAUGCAGUCGUCCCAACUCAUGCGCCACAAGACCAUCCACACCGGCGAGAAACCCUUCAAAUGCCCAGACUGCAACAAGUGCUUUGGCCGUGCCUCACACCUGAAAACCCAUCGCAGGCUCCACACCGGCGAGAAGCCCUUCAAAUGCACACUGUGCGAUAGGGCUUUUACUCAAAAGGCCGGACUUAUCAUCCACCUGCGCUUGCACACAGGGGAGCGCCCUUUUAAGUGUGACAAGUGUGGGAAGGCCUUCCGCACAUCAGCCCACCUGCUUAACCAUCAGGCUUUGGAGUUGGGUGAGGGCAGGUACGUCUGUGCCACAUGUCAGAAGGGCUUCAGGUCGGUGUCCAUGCUGAAACAGCACGAGAAAAGCCACCAGGGCAGCGGGACGCUCUGUUGCAGCGUGUGCUCGGGGGCCUUCGCUCAGUCCUCUUAUCUGCAGCUCAAACUGCACUUACACAACGGAGAGCAGCUCUUCCACUGCAAGGUGUGCAACAAAAUAUUCGUCAAGAUGUCCACCUUUGAGAAACACUGCAAAAAACAUCUGAUGGAGAUGGACGAAGGUGAGGACGACACCGUAAAAGAGGAAGAUCCCCCAUUUGAGCUGCACACGGCUGCAUCCCCGACACCGUCGACAUCAGAAGUCAACACACGAUCCAAAACAAGAGCCAAAAUUAAGAGUACAAUGGACAACUCGUAAUAAUGGACUGACUUGGAAAACUAGUCUUGAUGUUGUUUUGGGCUCCACUAGAACAGGUUUUCAUGUCAUGAUUAUUUUCCUCAUAUUCUCCAUUGUUGCAGCUCCUCUCUUCCCAGUCUGUCAGUAACGCUCUGUUUAGUUCCUGUC